UCGGUCAUUCCAGGAAGCUUGUAUAGACGUGACAUGUACUAACGGAUAAACACGCAUAACACCGGGCACUACGAUGCUCACGGACAGCUUUAACAGAAGACGUUUUGUGAAAGUGAAAGCCAGAUUCUGGUGACGUUUAGCGCGUGGUUUUAUGUCAGUGUUUACAAAAGUUGCUGGUUGUUUGCUAACUAUGCUAACCAUGCUAGCUAGCUGGUGGGCUAAGUUCAGUCUCAGUACGGCGUCUCUCAGUGUCUCAGGGUCACGGCGGUGUUAGUAUACAAGACAUUUCAGUUUCGUUUUCUGUCUCUUAGGAAAACUGUAAACGUUUAAAACUCUGUUUAAGAUGUGAAAACGGAGAGCGAACAAACGAACGCAAAACCGCUGUCAUUCCGGAUUGUUUUUGUUUUGUUAACAAGGACGGAUUUUCUGCUCAUUUCUCAGUUACACAAGUUAUGUGGAUUGAAAACUGAACCAAAAUCCUUUCGGUUAAACUGUCUGCAAUACCGCGGAUCAUGCUCGUCCAAUACGAUGGUGAGUUGACUUCAAAUGCCUGGAGUGAGCAUAUAUUGUAAAGCCUCUAUCCACUGUCAUCGAGGAUCCCCUGCCACUUCUCCCUCUCACCAUGUUAGAGGGACUUGUUGCCUGGGUACUUAACACAUACCUGGGCAAAUAUGUCAGCAAUCUUAACACUGACCAGCUCUCUGUUGCUCUUCUCAAAGGAGCAGUAGAGCUCGAGAAUCUUCCUUUAAGGAAAGAUGCUCUCCGAGAGUUUGAUCUGCCCUUUGAGGUCAAAGCAGGCUUCAUUGGGAAGAUUGUGCUUCAGAUCCCCUUCUAUCGCCCUCAUAGUGAUCCAUGGGUCAUCUCCAUGUCUCAACUGAACCUUAUUAUUGGCCCUGUCCGUCCCCAGGAAUACGACGAGGCACGAGAACAGGAAGCAGAGCGAGAGCAGAAGAAACGGUUGCUCAAAGCUUUAGAGGACAAGUGGAAGAGUGAACGUGAGCAGCAGGGUGAGUCUUACUGGUACUCAGUCACAGCGUCUGUGGUUACCAGGAUAGUGGAGAAUAUUGAGCUGAAUAUUCAAGGUGUGCACCUAAGGUUUGAGGAUGACCGCUCUAACACAGAAAAACCUUUUGCCUUUGGAGUAUGUAUUAAGAAUGUAUCAGCGCAGAACUCCUCUACAGAACCGACUCAGAAGCUUAUGCGACAGAAGCAGCUAGAGAUAGAGGAGUUUAGUGUGUACUGGGACACAAAGUGCACCAUGAUCGGGGAUCUUCCUCUUGCUGAAAUACAGGAAGCUAUGACCACGUGUAUGCAGAGCAGGGAGCAUCAGUACAUAUUUGAGCCAGUGUGUGCAUCUGUCCUGCUGAGGAGAAAUGCUUCAAAAGAACCGUUACGAUCCCGCAACACCCCUCGCAUCGAAGGCCAUGUGCAGCUAGAGCCGCUCUUACUGCACCUUUCUCAGGUUCAGUAUCAGCAGAUAAUGACUUUUCUCAAGGAGCUGGACAGGCGAGAGAGAGAGAUGCUUUUCCGCAAGUGGAGACCUAGAGUUCCUGUUUCAGAAAACUGCCGGCAGUGGUGGAUGUUUGCCAUCAGUGCUAACCUGGAAGAGAUCAAAGAGAAGAAGAGGAGGAAUAACUGGGACUUUGCACUUCAGCGAGCCAAAGAUGCUCAGCUCUACACAAAACUUUAUGAACAGAGGCUGAAAGGAUUUACUCUGAGUCUACAGGAUGAGAGUGAACUUGAAAGGAUUGAAGAGGAACAGACCCUGGAGGAGUUGCAGAUUCUCAGGGAAAUCAUUCAUGAAUCCCUUCGAAAGCAGGCGGAACUUGCAGAGAAUUUAAGAGAGCCUAUGUCAGAGCCAGAAGUUUCUUCACCUUCUGGUUCUAUUCCAAGAAGUGGCAGUUCUGGUAUGAUUCAGUACCUGCAGUCUUGGUUUCCUGGUUGGGGUGGUUGGUAUGGAGGUGCUGAGAGAGGGCCUGAUGGCCAGCCUGUGACAGAUGAGCUCAUUCCAGCAAGUAGCCAAUGGGAUAUGCUGGCUGAACCAGAUGACCUCUUUGACGCAUUGGAAGACUCUCAAUCACUGAAUACGUUUACCCGAAGAGACCACUUGUUUGCACGGCUGGAUUUCUUCUUAGAGAAAGCAACCGUCACACUUUUCCAGGAAGACAAGUUGAAUCGUUUAUCCAAUGAAAGCGGUGUAAUUCAGUUGGAGUUUUCAGGUGUAAAGAUUGGUGUUGAGUCUCUGCCUCGCUCAGAGUCCUCUUUACUUUCUGUAAAGCUUGGGGGGCUGUUUCUCAGAGAUCUCACUACACAGGGAUCUAUUUUCCCUUUCUUGGUGUCACCAAAACCGAGCAAUAUUGCUGUCAAGGUCAAUCAGCCGUUUGGGCAGAAUAGCAGCACAGACAAAAGCAGCACCACCUCUGACAUGGAAUCUUCUGCAUCACCUGUCUUUGAGAUGAUCUAUGAGCGUAUCCCAAAAAGCAGGUUUGAGAGGAGGUUGGAGGUCAACACCAGUCCUCUUAAUAUCAUUUACAAUCCCCAAGCCAUCAAGAAAGUGGCUGACUUUUUCUACAAAGGAAGAGUUCAUACAUCAGGGUUUGGAUAUCAGUCAGAGUUAGAGUUGAGAGUGGCUGAUGCAGUAAGGAGACAGUACAACAAGCUCAAAAUACAAACCAAAGCUGAAAUCCGGCAGACCAUAGACCAGCUGUUAGUCGGAGAGUUCAUAGAAAAUAGUAAGAGAUGGACAAUGAGAUUGGAUAUAUGCGCACCUCAGGUUAUCUUUCCUGACGACUUUCAGUCCGAAGACCCCAUGCUAGUGAUUGUUGAUCUCGGUCGUAUCCUUCUUACCAAUUCCCAAGAAGAUCUGAAAACAAAGUCCAAAGUGUCUCAGUCCGAAGGAGAGGAGUUCAGUGAUGAGGAAUUCAAGACACCUCCUGGGUCUCCCCCUCCUGAACCAGAGACAGAGUAUAAAGGGCAAGACCACUGUAGCCUUAAAUCAAUAGAGGAGGAGGAGCCCUUUGGCAGGAAUCUGUAUGAGAAGUAUUCUUUAUCAUUUAAUGACUUGCAGAUCAUGGUCGGUCGGUACAAAGACAACUGGAAGCAUCUACAAGAGAAUGAAGUGGGGCCCACUCAUGUAGUGGAGAAAUUCAAUGUGCUUUUACAGCUGGAGCAGAGACUGCGUUACACCUCAGAUCCUCGGCUUCCUGGUGCAGUUCUCUCAGGUACCUUACCAGACCUCAAAAUACACAUCAACCUGGAGAAAAUGACUGCAUUGAGAAGCUGCUUGGCUAGACUGGAUAGUCCAAGUGCAGAUGAGGCCUAUAUGGGAGAGACCAUCAAGUCACCGGAACCUUUAACUCUGCGACACGAAAAGAUUUUUGAGAAGGAGGACAGUCAAUGUCAGCUCCAGGAGUCUGACAGAAAUCUCACCAAGAGUGUAAUGACUCUGGAGCAACACACACGUGAGGUGCUUGUUGAGUCUAGGCUUCUCCUUGCAGAAUUCAACAUCAACUACAUGCAGCUUGGAGUUGAAGUUGAAGGGCAGUAUAUAUCUGUCCUCAAAGUGUUUGGAACAAAUGCGCAUUUUGUGAAACGACCUUAUGACGCUGAGGUUUCCCUCACAGUCCAUGGACUUCUUCUGGUGGACACAUUGCAAACAUACGGUUCUGAUUUUGAUCUGCUUGUGGCAUCCCAUAAGCACCUCAGUUUUGAUGUGCCCACCGGCAGUCUAAGAGAGAGCCAUCCUACAUCGCCAGUAUCACAAGAUGAGAAGUCUCCUGAGACUGGUGUGGCUUUUGAGAAAAUAUCAUCACUCAGCCCUUUUCUUAUUGAUCAGGAGGCCCUCAUUAAACUGGAGUACCAGUUUGUCAGCUCAGAGUGUCCAUCAAUGAAUUUAGAAAGCUCUCUACAGGUAACUACCAUGCAAGUGAACAAUUUGGACAUUAUUCUCAACCCUGAAACUAUUGUAAACCUGCUCAGAUUUCUUCAGAAAUCAUUUCCUAAAGAAGAAAGUACAUGGACUCCAUUAACACCGCAGAUGACAGCACUGCCCAAUGAACAGGUCCAUGAGGAAAAUUAUCAGUCUACUUAUGACCAGAAUAAGGAGCUAACUGUAGAGAUCCAUAGGUUAAAUCUGCUACUUUUGCGAACAGUUUCAACUGGAAAUGCCAUUGGUGGUGAAAAGCGGGGCAUGAAAAUUGCCACAGCCAGUAUAAAUGGGACAAAAGUCAACAUAUCAAUGGGAAGUCGACUGGAUGUCAAUGGCUCCCUAGGAUGUAUUCAGCUUGUAGAUUUGACUCAAGAAGGUGGGAAAGGUCAAUUUGUGGUCAGUAUUGGAAAUAUAGAAGAUAGUUCCUCUGAAGAAUGUGCAGGAUUCACUGGUUCUGCAUUAAUGCCUACAUCUGAGGCUUUAAAUUUCCACUUUUUGGAAAAGUCUCAAGGAGAAUGCUCUCUGGAACUUCAUAUGGCUUCCCUGCACUACAAUCACUCAGCUAAGUUCUUGAAAGAGCUCAGUCUUUCUGCCAACGAGGUAGAGGACAACUUUCGUUCCAUGCUGAAGACUGCUGCGACAAAAGUUUCAAAUGUCCUGGCUACCAAAACAGCAGAAUACAGCGGUAUGGUGUCUCUCUUUGAGACCCCAUCCAAGAAAGCCAGAUCGCCAAGUAUGUGCAAUUGUAUACUGGAAUUUGAAGACAACAAUGACCCUGCAGAUCUUGAGACAGAACCAAGUGUGGACUCCUAUUUUGUCAAGCUUAUCCUAAAUGUCAGUAUAGAAUCACCUGUUGUGUCCAUUCCUAGGAAACCUGGUCACCCAGAGCUUCUUGUUGGUCACCUUGGCAGCAUUGCCAUUCAGAACUUUGUUGCAGGGCAAGACUCCGAGCAGGGGAAAUUGCAGGUUGAGGUUAAGGAUAUAAGGCUCUAUUCAGUCAACACAAGUCACCUGGUCCUGAGAAAAGGGCCCAACUCUUGUCAGUCUCCCUCCCACAAGACUGUGUUCAACCUGGAUGAGCCGCAGUUCACGCGCCAUGAUUUCUUUGAAUAUCUAAGUCGUGGAAAAGCCUUCCAUAUUCUGAAAGAUACCACUAUCCAGUUAACACUUGAGAAGGUCCCUGUUGUUGAAGUCACACAGUUCUCCGUUCUUGAACCAUACCAAAGUACAGGCUUUCUUAGAGUUGAGGGCAAAUUUGUAAAUGCUGUUCAGGUUUUUCUUUGUAAACCUGUUUAUGAGCAGCUCCUGCAGACUCUAGAUAAUCUCUCUUUAAUUGAGGAUGAAAAAGUAACUGCUCGUCAGCCUCCAACCCCACCACCCCCUACACCUUCCUCUUCCAAACCACAUCGUUUUUCUGAUCUUCAGGGUGGGUUGUUCCCCCGAGAUCCCUCCCUCUCCUUGUCUUACUCGUCAAUAUCAUCCUCCUUCUCAACUCCUCUUCCUCUUCAGGAUCACAGCUCUUCUGUCAAGCCUCCCUCUUUCACCCAGGUCAGUGCAACUUUUAAGGUGUCUGAGCUCCAGGUGCAGCUGAGCGCAGAUCUUAGCCAAGGGUCACAGGAUCUGGUUAGUCUGCGAUUCCAAGACCUGGAAGGAGAUUUCACUAAAGACCAUCCUCACACUCUGUCAAUCCAACUGACCCUUCACUCUCUGCUGAUGGAAGACCUUUUGGAUCAAAAUCCUGAAUCAAAGCACAAGCACCUUAUGGUUUCCAGAGGUGCCCCCAAACCAUCUACCUUCAACCUUAAAGAAUACCUUUCCCAGUCAUGCCCGACAGCAUCUAGUGCUAUGUAUCCAGAAAUGCCACGCUCACUACCAGCCCAAAUGGAAGAAGCACAGAACGUCUUCCAGUUUUACCAGAGGCACCCCAGUACUCCUGUAUCCAGUCGGAAACGUAAUAAGGACUCAGAAUGUCCCAGCACCCCUCCCCCAUCUCCUUCUCGCAAUUCACAAUCCCCUCACUCUCUGCCAGACUUAGAUGACUCCCUGGUUCACAUCAACGUGCUUCUGGUCGACAGACGACAUCCUGAGUUUCAGACACGCUACGGCAGCAUCGGUCGUAGUGUAGAUGUGGACUUCAACUGUCUAGAUGUUCUCAUCACACUGCAAACCUGGGUUGUUAUUCUGGACUUCUUUGGCAUUGGUUCUACUGCCAACAACCAUGCUGUGAAAGUGCCUAGUAUGUCUCCUGAAUCCAAGCCUGGACACACCGCUCCUUCGGAUUUAACAGACAUGUUUCCUGAGGUUAACGGAGACGAAUCAUUGGAGAAAGUCAACACUAAACUGGACCUGAAGGUUCAUUCUUUGUCUCUAGUGUUGAAUAAAAAGACCAGUGAGCUUGCUAAGGCUAGUGUGUCAAAAUUGUUUACGCACUUAGAAAUGAUCGAGGGGGAUCUUGCCUUGCAAGGAAGUCUGGGUAGCCUGUCACUAAGUGACCUGACCUCACAUGGAGAUCUGUACAGGGAACGCUUCACAACACGGGGUGGAGAGGCACUCAUUUUCAACAUACUCAAGUAUGGAGAUCCUGACCCAUCCCUGGUACGGGAGUGUGAUAUAAAGGUUUCUUUGCAGAUGGCUUCAGUGCAAUAUGUACACACGCAGCGUUUCCAAACUGAGGUGGUGGCUUUCAUCCAGCACUUCACCCAAUUACAGGAUGUUCUAGGCAGGCAGAGAGCGGCCGUGGAGGGUCAGGCGGUGCGUGAGCGUCCACAGCGAGCCUCACGCGUACUGUUGGAUAUCGAGGCAGGGGCUCCUGUCCUCCUGAUCCCAGAAAGCUCCCACUCAAAGCGCCUCAUAGUGGCCAACUUGGGCAAGCUCAAAGUACGCAACAGAUUCCUGCCUGCAGGCACCCGUGGCACUUUUUCUCUCAAAGACAAGGUAGAGAAACUUACCAUGGCACAUACCUUUUUCCCAUCUCUGAAUUUGAUUUUGCAUGCUUAUUCAUACAAGGACCCAACCUACUAUAAGGAUCGUGUGAAGAAUGCUCAGCCUACUUCGGGGAAAGCGAGUGAGGAUGUGUCAGCAGACAGCGUCAAAGCCACUGCUUCUGGAUUUACCUUAGGCAGGCCUCAGCCAGCUAUGGGACACAGUUCUGAUGCAGAUACACUUUCAAGUCCAGAUUACAUAUGUCUGUUGGACUGCAUUGCCGUGGAUCUGCAGGAGAUGGAUUUAUUUACUGCAGAAAGGCUGCCGUGUGAACCUUGGGACAGUGGAGCGAAGCGCCUAGACACAGACCUGGUUUUUCCCUCUUAUUCAGUGUGCAGAACUGGAGGCAGCCUCCUGAAGGAGCGGUGCCACCUUAAACUUAAAGUGGAACGCAACCUGGACAAGGAGCUGAGUCAUGCAGUCCCAGACAUGUCCAUCCAUGGUAGCCUGUCUUCUGUACACUGUUCCUUGGAUCUGGAGAGGUACCAGCUGAUCCGUGGCCUGCUCGAGCACAACCUGGGAGAGCCUGUAGAGGAGUUCCUCAGACCUUACAACCUACAGGACCCCAGCACCUAUACGGUUCUGAGUGGUGAUGUAUAUACAGGCCUGUCUUUCUUAGUUGACAUGAUGAAUGUCAGUUUGGAGUUUUUGGAUGGCCCCAAAACCUCUGGACAUAACCAGUCUUUGGCCAGGUUUGACUUCAUGAAAUCCAAGGUACUGUUUGAGAGUUUUUCGGACGGAUCCAAAUCUGUGAACCUGGUGUCUCAUUCGCUCUUGGCCUACGACACACGUUAUAGCGAGUCCAACAAGGCCACAGAGGGAAAGCACAAUGUAUUUGACUGCAUUCUGCAGCCCUCUAGAACAGGCACCAAUCGAGCUUCUCUACAACUAGAGCUGCAUUACAGAUCUACCAGGGAUUCCUCAUGUUUCACUGUUGUGCUAAACAACCUGCGAGUGUUCCUGAUUUUUGACUGGCUUCAGCUAGUCAGGGAUUUUCUGCGUAUGCCUACGGAGAAGGGAGCGGCACCCACCCGACAGCGUUGGCCCAGCAAUGGGAGUGACCCCGGCAUGACGGGCACCGUCAUGCCCAAAACUGUCAAGAGUGGAGUAGUUACAAAACGAUCCACUGUUCCUGUCACCCAAGACAAAUAUCUGGAGGUUAAACUUAAUGCUACAGGGACUGAGUUUGUGGUUGUGGAAGACUCAUCAUGUUCAGAUACCAAUGCCAUUAUUCUAAAAGGCACUACUGUACUCACCUACAAGCCUCGUCUUCUGGACAGACCGUUCUCUGGCAGCUUGGCCGGAAUUGAGGUGUAUUCCUGCCGGCUGGGCAGCGAGCAAGACACAGCGCUGUCUAUUAUUGAUCCUGUCAAUGUACAGGUCGAGCUGUGUGGUAGUCCCACCUAUCAAAGCAGCUCAGGCCUGCUGGAUGCCUUCAACAUGGAAGAUUUUCCACCCCUGCUAGAGAUCCAGUUUCCUGCUCUGGAUAUCCGGCUGUCUUACAACGAUGUGCAGCUCUUCCUGGCUAUUGCUAAGUCCAUCCCCACCGGCUCCCCAAGUGUUGAUAACUCUGCAUUUGACUCCCAGGUAGUCCAGUCCACUGCAAGCCCAGAGACUACCACCAAACCAAAAGACAGUUUCAGGCAUCGAACAGAAGCCCUACUGGAAAGUCAGCUAACACGCCUUCAGGAUCUGGGAUUCAGGAGGGAAGAUUGCAGACGUGCUCUCAUCCAUUGCAAAGGUCAGUUGGAUCAGGCAGCUACGUGGCUACUAGAAAACGCAGAAAGCACUUCUGGCAGGAGCAGAGCCGACUCCGGUUCAGGCUCCCACUCCGCUCCUCCUUUGUCUGGAGUGGAGGUCAAGGCUGAGAACGUGUGCAUUUGCUUCAUUGAUGACUGCUUGGAUUGUGAUGUUCCCCUAGCUGAACUCACCUUUUCACGGCUGUCUGUGCUGCAGAGGAUCGGAUCUACACUGGAAGGAAAAGCUAGUUUCUCUCUGUCUGGAGAUUAUUAUAACAGGGAGCUCUCAGGCUGGGAGCCAUUUAUCGAGCCCUGGCCCUGCGUCCUGAAUUGGCAGCAGCAAGCGGCAGGUCGUCUCCAUCCUUCUCGUUUGAAACUGGGAGUACAAGCCAAGCAGAGACUAGACAUGAACAUCACCUCCGUCUUACUCGACCAGUACAGCACAACCAAGACUUCGUGGUUAGCAGACUACUGUAAGGAAGACGAGCAGUCGCCACAGACCUCCGCCUCUGUGUCUUGGAUGGGCUCCUCCGUAGACCCCCCCACUUUUGGACAGAGUGUUCCUCUUGCUCACCUUAGAACUAGGAGCACUGCCAGCUUGACUUGCCUUGAGCAACAGAUUGCUGCCCGAGGGGAUGUGAAGUUGUCUAAAAGGAGGCAGCCUUUCGUUCCCUUUGCCCUGCGUAAUCAUACUGGCUGCACUAUGUGGUUUGCCACCCUCACCACCACCCCAACCAGGGUGGCACUGUCUCACAGCAGUAGUGCUGACUCAAUAUCCGACACGCGUGGGCCUGGGACAGAGGACACGCACAACAUCAGUCAGUGGAGAGAGGUGCUGCCAGGGGAGGAGAUUCCUUUUGAGUUCGAGGCCCGUGAGAAACUUAGACACAGGCAUACUCAUGAGUUAAAGCUACACCAGCUCUUGGUACGUGUCGGAGGCUGGGAGCAAGUAAAGCCUGUCUCAGUUGAUAAGGUCGGUGUGUUCUUCCGUUAUGCUGCUCCUGAUUGCAACAACCCCUCCAACACGGUUGGUAGUCCAGUCAGCAGAACCAACAUCAUACAUCCUCAUGUAUAUUUUUCAGCCUUGCCCCCUGUCAGAGUGGUGUUCUCCAUCACAAUGGAGGGUAGUGCAAGCAAGGUAAUCACUGUACAGUCUGCUCUCAUGGUGAAGAAUCGCUUAGAGUUGCCCAUGGAAGUACGGCUAGACAGCCCUUCUGCUCCAGACAAGCCUGUUGUGCUUCCACCUGUCCUGCCUGGAGAAGCUUUGGCCAUCCCUCUCCACCUGACCUCAUGGAGACUGCAAGCUCGGCCUAAAGGCUUGGGACUAUUUUUUUGUAAGCUGCCCAUCCACUGGACAAGUGUGGAGCGACCUGGGGAGGUCAGCAGCAACAAGAGGGAGUGCCAGUCAGCUGACUUUGAUGACCAAAACAAACGUAGCUUCAGGUUUUGUGUGGUUAUCAAGAAAGAGAACUAUCCUGAACAACAACCGGCUAAAAUGGUCACUGGUAGUGCUAAGCAGAUUUACAGACAACCAGGUCACACAAUCUACCUGUUACCCACCUUAGUGCUGACUAACCUGCUGCCCUGUGACCUCAACUACUACAUCAAAGGGACCUCAAUCAAGGGAACCAUGAAACCAGGCAAAGAGUCGGUGCUUCAUGCGGCAGACACCUCACAGAAUAUAGAGUUAGGUGUUCUUCUGGAGAACUUCCCAGUGUGUAAGGAGCUGUUGAUUCCUUCUGGCACUCAGAACUACGUGGUGCGCAUGCGUCUGUAUGACGUAAACAAGCGGCUGCUGUGUCUUACCAUCCGCAUUAUUCUCCGAGCAGAGGGGGCGCUCAAGAUCCUCAUCUCCGCUCCUUAUUGGCUCCUAAACAAGACAGGGCUGCCUCUGAUCUUCCGCCAGGACAACAGCAGAACAGAUGCUGCCGGGCAGUUUGAGGAGCAUGAGCUAGCCAGGAGCCUUAGUCCAUUACUUUUCUGCUACGCAGACAAAGAACAACCUCUCAUGUGCACUAUGCGUGUCGGUAAAGGGAUCCACCCAGAUGGUGUUCCUGGCUGGUGUCAGGGUUUCUCAUUGGAUGGUGGAAGUGGAGUUCGAGCAGUUAAAGUCAUCCAAACCGGGAACAGACCGGGGCUCAUCUAUAAUAUAGGAAUUAGUGUCAGGAAAGGGAAGGGACGCUACCAGAACACCCACAUUGUGACUUUUGCACCUCGCUAUCUGCUUGACAAUCAAUCUUCACACAAGCUGGCUUUCUCCCAGAGAGAGUUUGCUAAAGGAAAGGUCACAGCCAACCCCGAGGGCUAUAUCUCCACUCUACCAGGCUCUAGUGUGGUGUUCCACUGGCCCAGGAAUGACUACGAUCAACUCCUUUGUGUCCGACUUAUGGACGUACCUAACUGCACCUGGUCUGGAGGGUUUGAAAUCAGCAAACCCAAAUCGUUCCAUGUCAACAUGAGAGACACGUUGGGUAAUUGCUACUUUCUACUUGCUGAAAUCGCCCUGAAAGGAGCAACCUUUCAGAUUUCAUUUAGUGACACAGACCAGUUGCCUCCACCUUUCCGCAUAGACAACCUCUCCGAGGUGCCAAUCCAGUUCUGGCAGCAUGAAGUGCCAGAUAUCAGACUGCACACCGAAGUGAAAGCUGGAGCUGUACUGGACUAUGCUUGUGAUGAACCCAUUCUUCCUCCUCACAUUACACUGACUGUAAAAGGAGCUGGGUCCUCUGAGGUCACCGCUAACAUGAACUGCUUUAGAGAAUACAACAAGCUUUACUAUGAGAACUUCAUCUAUAUCGCUGCAACUUUCACAUUCUCUCAGGAUGCAAGUAAAAGGCCAGGAGCAAUGAAGCAUGAUGCCAGCUGUGCUGAACUAGUGCUCGAUGUUGAGACAAAGACACAGAGAGUCAUUCUAAAGAAAAAGGAACCAGGAAAGCGUUCUCAGCUGUGGAGAAUGAGCGGAAAAGGAAUGCUUUGUCAUGAGGGUUCCUCUCCCCCUCAGAGUAAACCUGCCCUACCCAGACCUCUUGAUUGCUCCAUGGUGCUGGACAUUGCCGGGCUUGCCGCAGUCACAAACAACAGUUACGAGCCAUUGAUGCUGAAGCGGCCAGACUCUCGCCGCAGUACUACGCAGACAUGGCACUUCUGCUCUGGCAUGCUUACCUGUGGCUUACCCCGACUAGUUGUGCAGGUAAAGGGAGGAAUCUCAGGCCUGUAUGAUGGUGCAGAGGUGGUGCUCGGGCCAGACUCAGGACUGCUUGAAAAACCCCCAGAACAGCAGUUUAUUAAUCAGAAGAUGAGGCCUGGUUCUGGGGUGUUGUCUGUGCAGGUUGUUCCUGAUGGACCCACUCGUGUACUGCAGAUCAGUGACUUCAAUCAGCGGCGAAAUAACAGAACAUCUCCCAGCACAGAGGAGAACCAGAACAAAGAGAACACACUAAAAAAGGAUCCUGAGGGCGAACUUGAGGUGUUGAUAAACUUGGAGGAAGGAAUAGGGCUGUCUCUGGUAAACAAGGUGCCUGAGGAACUGGUGUUUGCCACAUUGUCUGGCAUCAAUCUGCACUAUACACGCACUGCUGCCAGCCAAGUCCUAGAGCUCAGUGUGAAGAAAAUUCAGGUGGAUAACCAGCUGUUGGGCAACACACAGCCAGUGAUGAUGUUUGUAACUCCCAACAUCAGUGAGGGCAUUGUGAUGGAAUCAGGACCUGCUCUGCAAGUCAAUGCUGUCAAAGUGCCCAGCAGUCUCACGCUUACAGAGCUGUUCAAGCAUCUUAUGGUCACUGCUGGACGCUUCACUGUCAUCAUAGAAGAGAAACUCUUCCUCAAGCUGCUGACAUUUUUUGGCUAUGGGAAAACAGAAGGAGAGGUUGAGAAGUUGGAUGAGAACCUGCACGAGAAGGCAAGUGAGGAAGCAGGACCUCGGAAACGGUACUACUUUGAGAACCUGAAGAUCAGUCUCCCUCAGGUUAAACUGAGUGUCUUCACUUCACACAAGCUGCCUCCAGACCUGAAGACUCUAAAGGGAACUCUGGGAAUCCCACUGGUCAGAUUUGAGGAUGCAGUAAUCGAUAUGUAUCCUUUCACUCGAGUCCACCCGUAUGAAACCCAGGAAAUUAUCAUCAAUGACAUAUUCAAACACUUCAGAGAGGAGCUGAUUAGUCAGGCUGCCCAGAUACUUGGCUCAGUGGACUUCUUAGGCAAUCCCAUGGGCCUGCUAAAUGAUGUCUCAGAGGGCAUGUCCGAGCUCAUCAAAUAUGGAAAUGUAGGAGGCCUGAUACGCAAUGUAACACAUGGGGUCUCCAACUCAGCAGCUAAGUUUGCUGGUACUCUGUCAGAUGGACUUGGUAAGACCAUGGACAACCGGCACCAAAGCGAACGAGAAUAUAUCCGUUACCAUGGUGCGACCAGUGGGGAGCACUUAGUGGCAGGCAUUCAUGGACUUGCUCAUGGUAUUAUUGGUGGCUUGACCAGCGUGAUCACAUCCACGGUGGAAGGGGUGAAGACGGAAGGUGGCGUAAGCGGUUUUUUCUCAGGUCUAGGCAAAGGCCUUGUUGGGACAGUGACCAAGCCAGUGGCAGGGGCACUUGACUUUGCCUCGGAGACAGCACAGACUGUUAGAGACAUGGCCAGUCUGGACAACCACAGGCUGAGUGUGCAGCGUGUGAGGAAGCCCCGGUGCUGUAAAGGCCCUCAGGGUCUGCUGCCUCGCUUCUCCUCUACGCAAGCCGACGGACAGGAGCAACUCUUUCACCUGACCGAUAACAUCCACUCUGAAUACUUUAUUGCUGUGGAGCCCAUAGACAGCUACUGUGUGCUCAUCUCCUCUAAAGCUGUGUACUUCCUUAAGCCCGGGGAGUACGUGGAUCGGGAAUCCAUUUUUCUUGAGGUAAAAUAUGAUGAACUUUACCACUGCCUGGUCUCCAAGGAUCAUGGGAAAGUGUAUGUUCAGCUCACCAAGAAAGCCAAAAGCACUAGUAGCGGGGUAGCCAUCCCAGGCCCGUCACAUCAGAAGCCAAUGGUUCACAUACGAAGUGAGAGCCUGGCAGUGAAGAUCUCGCAAGAAAUUAACUAUGCCAAGAGCCUUUACUAUGAGCAGCAGCUCAUGUUACCCCCCAGCGAGAAUGAGGACAGUUUGCUAUUAGACUCCUGAUGAAAUAAAUUUGCGUGUUGCAAAUUUUCGAGGUCUUUUUUUUCUUAAGGCAUACGUGAAGAGCGAGCUCACACGUCACUGAAGGAUAUGUUUUAUGAUGUAAACUAUGAGUCUACAAAGUCUACUGUAAUAUUCCCCAUCAAGCACAUUUAACUGGCAAAUAUGCAAGACUCUGUUAAACAUAGAAGAUUAUUUUGUUUUACAGAUGCUUAUAUAGUUUGAGUGGUUACUGUCGUUAAAAUUAAAUUAAGUAAUUAAUUAAAAAUAAAACCAAUCUUGUAUAUCUGUGUUUAUAGGGCAGUUACAGCCAGUAUGACACUGUUGUCAUGUACAUAUUGUGGAGAAGUUUGAGGGGCAAAUAUAAUAUAUACAAUGUACAAAACUGCCUUUAAUAUAGUUUUCUAUGUAAAUGAGAGAAUUGUUUGGUUGAAGAACUUGCACUGAUGUAGAUGUUUGAAACUCCUGCUGCUCUCAUUGCUGUACAGUUAAAUAAAUAUAUAUAACACGCAAAAUUAACACAGGGAAGUGUAAAUAAUCAUCAUGCAGAACAGCCCUGACGAAAAAGAAAACCACUAAUAUUUUAUUUAUUUAUAUGUGUUUUCUUUCUAUGAGACAUUUUCCAUGAGUGGCAUUUGAAGAAAAGAAAAAAAAGAAUAAAAAUCUUGUAAAUCUUCAGUAAUAAUAUAUAUGACUGCUGUUUGAUGGACAAACGGUGCACCAAAAUCUCUAGCACAGAAUAAUACGAGACAUUUAAUCAAUACAGUAAUCAUUAAUACUUGGACACUUGGCCUGGAUAUGAACUGCGUAGAUAUUAUUAGUAGUAGUGUUUUUUUUUUUUUGUUUGGUUGUUUUUUGUUGUUUUUUCUUUGUUUUUCUUAAAUGAUUGUUAAUCUGCAGAAAUUGCAAAUGCAGGACUGUGUGAGAUUUGGUGCCUUUUUUUUAAUUGUUAGACCUCUUUUCUUUUGCGUCAUACCUUAUUUUUUGUCCCACACGGUUUUUCCCAUUGGUAGAUUCUGGUUUUCGUUCAUCCUUUGCCACUAAAUUGAUUCGUGUGGCAGUCUGGGAAAACCAUUCCAAAUGUCAAAUGAAAUGUUUUUACAGAAUAAAAUUUUGCUUAUCUCCAAGAUUCAAUUCAUUUACAUUUGAUUUGAUGUGAGAUAAAUAAGCUGUUCCUAUUCUAUUCACAUAAAUUCAUUUAGCAUUUAUCUCUCUUUUCUUUUCACUUUUGUCACCUGAGUUAAACAUCCUGUAUUUUUGGCUUCGUUUUUAUUCGUUUUAAAAUGAUUGUUCACCGUCAUCGAGCUUGUAACUGCUCUUUUCUCUUUUACAGCUAUUUUGACAGCUGGAACCUGUUUACAAAAUGAUUAAAUCAGACUUGUUUACGCACUGUUGUGGCAUCUGAACAAAGCCUGAUCAAAGCAUGACCUUCACUGUGUGAGGAACUUGGUCUGCUAGCAAGGUUACCAAACUGACAGAAUUUUCUGCUGUUUUGAUAAACUUGCCUAACAUGCUAGUUGUAGAAAUGCUAGACAAAAAAUGUGAAUAAAUCAUAUUUCCAUCAUCUGUUUGUUACAUAUAUUUCUUACGUAGUAGAUACGUCAAUGUGUUAUUGGCCGCUUUCCAGAAUUCAGCCACAGUGAAAGCUGGCAGGUUUUCCCAGACCAUCACACAUGAGGAUUAAAUUUACUGAAAUCUUCUGAAUAUUCACCCCUUUUGUUCCUUUCUAAUUGUAUCAUACCACUGCCAUCUACACUAAUCUAUGCAUAUAUGUACGUCAAGUUUAUUAGUAACUGUAUGUUAACCGGGUUCACAAAAGACCAAAGACAAAACUGAAGUAAUGAAUUCAUCCUUUGUUCUUUUACUCAACUCUGUGUAUUUGAGGUCACGGUAGCCUAGCCAUCUACCAACCACUCCAAAUGUAGAAGAAUGUCAGAUUUGUGUUUUAUUAAGAACACAAGCAGGAAUCGGGUGUUUUGGUUUUCUUUAAUCAGCUUGAACGAAUUUGAAGGGACUUUUCUUUACAUUAUUAUUUCCCUGUAUCGGUGUGAUGAAUCGGUUCAGUUUGAAAUGCUAGUAGAAAAAGAUAACUGCCCAGAGAUUUCAGGUGACUCACACAUUAUAGAAAUCUCAUUGUUGUAAGUGUAUAUAUUGUAAAGCCUAAUAAAACUUGUGGUUUUUCAAUUCAAA